GUCCUGCACCGAGACGGUGCACUGUGUCGCUGCCGGCCCGGAGCUGGGAGUGUGAGAAGCAACGCGCUCAGGGCGCAUCCCUCGUGGUCCGCGAGCUCGGGAUCCAGGAGAACAGUGGACACCGACCCCUUCUUUCAGGAGCCAGGAAUUUUCAAGAUGAAUUAUACUGAGUCCAGCCCAUUGGCAGAAUCGCCUGCGAUAGGUUUUACAUCUAAGUUAGAAAGUAUUAUACCUGUGCCUUCCAAUGAGACCACCUGUGAAAACUGGAGAGAAAUACAUCAUCUAGUUUUUCAUGUAGCAAAUGUUUUUUUUGCAAUUGGGUUGGUUAUUCCAACUACUCUUCACCUCCAUAUGAUACUUCUUAGGGGGAUGUUAGCUAUAGGAUGCUCCUUUUACAUCAUGUGGGCCACACUCUACCGAUGUGCCUUGGAUAUCGUGAUCUGGAACUCAGUGUUCCUCGGUGUCAAUAUGUUGCAUCUUUCAUAUCUUUUGUUCAAGAAAAGACCGGUCAAGAUUGAAAAGGAACUCAACGGCGUCUACCGGCGAUUGUUUGAACCACUCCUAGUGCCUCCAGAUUUGUUCAGAAGAUUAACUGGACAGUUUUGUAUGAUCCAAACCUUGACAAAGGGCCAGACUUAUGCUGCAGAGGAUAAAACCUCAGUCGACGACCGUCUGAGUAUUCUCCUGAAGGGAAGAAUGAAGGUCUCCUAUCGAGGACAUUUUCUGCAUAACAUUUACCCCUGUGCCUUUAUAGAUUCUCCUGAAUUUAGAUCAACUCAGAUGCACAAAGGUGAAAAAUUCCAGGUCACCAUUGUUGCAGACGAUAACUGCAGAUUUUUAUGCUGGUCAAGAGAAAGAUUAACUUACUUCCUGGAAUCCGAACCUUUCCUGUAUGAAAUAUUUAGGUAUCUUAUAGGAAAAGACAUUACAAAUAAGCUCUACUCAUUGAAUGAUCCCACCUUAAAUGAUAAAAAGGCCAAAAAGUUGGAGCACCAGCUCAGCCUCUGCACGCAGAUCUCCAUGCUGGAAAUGAGGAACAGCAUAGCCAGCUCCAGUGACAGCGAGGACGGCUUACACCAGUUCCUCCGGGGCACCCCCAGCGUGUCCUCUCUCCAUGUGUCAUCCCCACACCAGCGAGCCUCGGCCAAGAUGAAACCAAUAGAAGAAGGAGUGGAAGACGAUGACGAAGUCUUUGAACCCGUGUCACCAAAAACAUUUAAAGUCCAUGAGUUGCCUUGAUCAGAGAGAAGAGCCAAGUUACCAAGAUGGAAAGUGUCUUGAAGAGAUCCUGAAAAAUACCAGCACGUUGUCACUGCUCUUAGAUUAUUCCGCUUUAGGACAUCCAGACGGUACAAUCUAAGGGCAGAAAAGUGAGGAAGAGUCAAAAGUGGGAAGGUUAUUUUAGCUCUCUUUUUUAUUGGUCAGCUUUUUAAGUGGUGGCUUUCCUGAGCCUUCUGACUAAACCUAGUUCUAUUUUGAGAUACAUAUUUUCACAGU